GAUACAGGCCCUAGUAUUGCCUAUUAUAGGACUUUAUUGUUAUAGAGUUUUAAAUUAAUAGUAUAGUUACAUCAUUGGAAGUUGUUUUUUGUCCACAUGUAAUUGAGUAUUUAAAACGUCAAUAAUGUUGGAUGUUGGAGGGAUUCUUAACUCCUGCUCGGUGGCUGUCCUAACUCUGGGCAUCAUUUGGCUAGUGUGCCAGAUUUAUCAGACCAUUGUAAGAUUUCACUACUUCAAUCAACUACCAGGAGAACCAAGUUUUUCUUGGCUGUUUGGAAAUCUCCACAAGCUGCCUUCAACAGGGGAGAGAAGGCUCGAGUAUGGCUACCAGAAUGUCACGGACAUAAAUUCCAAGUUUUCGCGUUUCUGGUUUACUCCCUUUCGACCAGACAUCACAGUAUACCACCCGGAAACUGUGAAAGUCAUUCUUAAGUCUUCAGCUCCUAAAGCAAGAGGAUAUGGCACUGUUUACGAACACGCUAUGCCCUGGAUCGGCAACGGUCUCAUUGUUUCCAACGGGGCCACCUGGGCCAGGGCCAGAAGACUCCUCACACCAGCCUUUCACUUUGACAUUCUAAAGAAUUACGUCUCUGUAUACAACACAGCAGCUGAUACGUUGGUAGAAAAAUUAGACAAACUGGCUGAAAGUGGAGAAAGUUUUGACCUUUGUCCACUAAUGACCCUCUGUACUCUGGAAAUAAUUCUGAAAUGUGCUAUGAGUUACGAUACAGAUAUCCAAAGAGAAGGACAAAAUCCUUAUGCCAAGGCGACGAGAGAGUUGGCGGCGGCUUGGUUUGAAAGAAACAGACAACCUUGGUUUUGGUCGGAUUUUAUCUUCAAGUGGACAUCGAAAGGCAAACGAUUUUUACAAAACUGCGACUUUGUACAUCAGGUAGCGGAAGAAAUCAUCAAUAAACGAAGAGAUCAACUGAACAAAGAAGGUCUUCCCUCGAAACGUCAUCUAGAUUUCCUGGAUAUCCUUUUGUCAGCCAGGGAUGAGGACGGUAAGCCAAUGACCGACUUGGAAAUACGAAAUGAAGUUGACACUUUCUUGUUUGCAGGCCAUGAUACAACAGCUACAGCAGCUCCUUGGAUAGUUUAUUGUUUAGCAAAGAAUCCUGAAUGCCAAACAAAAGUCCAAGAUGAGAUUGAUUCAGUUUUAGAAGGCAGAGAUUCCGAUUGUAUUAUGUGGUCGGACAUUUCCAAACUGAACUACCUUGCACUGUGUAUCAAAGAAGCAAUGAGACUCUACCCUCCAGCUCCUUUUUUACAACGCCGCCUUAACGAAGACGUCACAAUUGAAGGCCAUAAGAUUCCCGCUGGAAACAUAAUAAACAUAGCCAUUGUCCACUUGCACAGAAACCCAGAUGUCUGGGAUCAACCUCACGAUUUCAUCCCGGAGAGGUUCCUCUCCACCAAUUUGAAAGACAAAGACUCUUUCUCCUUCAUUCCGUUCUCAGCAGGCUCCAGGAACUGUAUUGGACAAAACUUCGCGCUGAAUGAAGAAAAAGUUUUAAUAGCGCGCUUAUUACGCAGAUAUUUUUUUAAGAUACCAGCAGACGUCCCACCACCCAAGAGAAUCCCACAGGCAGUACUUCACAGUGAAAAUGGCGUGUGGUUUCAAAUACAAAAGCGAAAGAAAUAGAAGAAACAUUAAAAAAACGCACUUUUGUUUCGUCCAUUCACUUCUUUGAUAAACCUUUGACUUGCACACUGUAAUAAAUUCUAACAUUCGUAAGCUUUAUUCAUAGGCAUAGAAACACCCGACAACGAGACUGGGUCUAUUUGUAUUCGUUAAUUUUUACAAUACUUUUGCAAUACGUACAUUGAAGUCACACAUUCGUAGUGGGCAAAACCUAGAAUCAUCUAGGUGGACCCGAUUCUCGAAAACGGCUUUAACGAUUUUUUUAGAAAUUUGACAGUUGGUGUAUAUUGUUGGGGAAAGAAUGACUAGCUCGUUGGCCACACGAGGAACAUUUGAGUUUUUUCAAAGUAAAAAAAAAUACAAAUUUAAAUUUAGCUAGAGGUCUAGAGAAUACCUUUCUUGAAUAGGCAAUAAGUCUUCGGGUAUUUCCGAAUGUAGGCCCACUUCAUUAGAAAGUUUAAGAUUGAUCUAGCUGAUUCCCCUUUCAGGCCUUAUGAUUUAUUGGGCAGAUGAUGUAAAGGUCAUAUGGUUCCUUGGGUCGAAGGUUUACGAGGGUGUCAUGUGGCCAGCAUAACGACCAACCGCCUUUACUUUUCCCCAAUGGUGGCUUAGCGGUAAAGCGCUCGGCUUCCGAACCGGGGAUUCUGGGUUCGAAUCCUGUAAUUUUUAAUUUUUCUGGAUCUUUGGACGCCAUACAGCUCUAAAAAAAUGGGUACCUGGCAUUAGCUGUGAAAAGUUAAGGUUGUUGGUUAUUCUGGCCACAUGACACUCUCGUUGACCGUGGGUCACAGAAACCUUUACAUCAUCUUCCAGCAAAAGUGUAGAAGAGCUCCCUCUCACUGGCCUGAAUGAGAACAGUGUACACAUGAAUCAAUAAAAGAAAUAAACCAAUUAGUCAAUUAAAUACUGGGCACUUUUUUGUUUACCAACAAGGGAAAUUAGUCCUUCAGUAUUAACAGAUAUGGCUAAAUAAUUGGAGUCUGUCCUCUUAGAUAAUUGUACACGUUACUUAAAUUCUUUCACACCCAUUCUCGGAUCAAGUUGAAAUUUUACAGUUAUUUAUUGCGCCUAACAAAACAGGAAUCAAUUUAGAAAAUAAAUCACAGCUGUGUCCUUUAAUAGGCUUUUUUUUUAAGUAUUUUUUUUUUCUAGUUUAGUUGGCAACAAUGAAUUUCAAUUUGGCGUCCUUGACAUUGUAGACUUGAUCGUGAACAUUGAAAGUCUUGAAAUAUCUCAUAGACACGAAAUGGCAUUUAAAGAUGAACAAGAGCAGUGUCAAAGUCCAUUGGUUCGUUAAUAAACUUAAUUCAAGUCUAUUUCAUGUGAACUCAAUAGAAUGAUUAUGUAACUAUUUUUUGAUAUAUUUCUUUCAUUAAAAUGUUUGGAACUUCAA